AUGGCGUUGCCUGAACAGAUCGUUACUGUCGAUGCUGAUGCUAUCCUUUUCGAUCUGGAUGGGACCCUCAUAGAUUCCACUCCUGGCGUCAUUUCAGCCUGGAAAAUAUUCGCGGAGGAAUACAAACUUGGAUCACAUCUUCCUAUCGUACAGAAAACUCAUGGUCGGAGACUUGCUGAUACCCUGAGGGACGAGACUAUAUGCAAUAUCCAGGACACAAAACUUUUGGAUAGCGAAAUUUUGCGCUUCGAGGACUUGGUGAUCCAGGGUAGCCCAGUGGCUCUCGAAGGAGCUAUCGAGUUCUUGGCUCAGCUGGACUCACACCAUGACAUGCGCACUAGGUGGACAAUUGUCACAUCAGCUUCGAGGUACUAUGCAACUCAAUGCAUACCAAAGUGCGAAAUUCCGGUGCCUGCGUCAGGGUUUGUGACGGCAGAUGAUGUUAGCGAAGGAAAGCCAAAGCCCACACCGUAUCUUGAAGGAGCAAAGAAACUUGGGAUUGAUGUGACUAAGUGUCUCGUCAUUGAGGAUGCACCGUCCGGGGUGCAAGCAGGAAAUAGUGCCGGUGCAAAGACGCUCGCAGUUUGUACCUCCCACAAACGUGAGGACUUUGAGAACUGUUCGGAGGAAAUUAAGCGCCCCACGUAUAUCAUUGAUGAUCUGACUAGAGUACGCGUGAAUUGGGAGAAUAGCAAGAUUCGACUUACGAUCGAUACCCGUAGAGGACCUGAUUCGGAUUAACAACAUUAUAGUCGCAACUCCCACGCAGUGGUGGUUCCAGGUUUACUUAGGCUUCCGAGUCAAGGCACGAUACAAUACAAAACAGGAGGGUACCCACUGAUGACAGAAGCUGCCUCAU